UCAAAAAUAGCCGCAGCUUCGCUGUUGUAUCAGACAUAAAAUACCAAACCAUCAUGCGUUUAAAAAUAAAUUCGUUGUGACAAUGUCGGCUUCCUGCAGUUGCUUGAAGUUGUGUUCAGUUGUGGUUGCUUUAUCGAACCUUACCUUGGGCUUGUACAUAUUGGCCGAAGGAAUUUUGCUGUUAACGAAAUAUUUAAACAACGAUGCCGACGUGACGGUAGGUUUCGUCGUGGUGGAUUUCCAAAUGGCCUCGUUUCUUAUUUUCGUUGGUCUGUUAUUAUUAAUAGGUAUCAUAAAGGGGAAAGAGAAACAUAUUUCCUUGUAUCUCUUGUUGAGUUCGCUGAUUUGGUUUAUUAUAACUAUGUUGGCGGUUAGUUACAUGAUUUUUUACAAUACAACAGGGAUGACUGUUGAGAUACAACACAGUGUGGAAAAUAAUUACACGACGGCUGAACCAAAACCCAAAGAAACGGUUCCGAUGGAAAAAGCUGUGGGAUUUUCGCUUGGCUUGAUUGCGAUUUGGUGCGGACAGUUGGGUGUUUAUAAAUUUCAUGACCAAGUUAUUGAGAAAAAUAUGAUCAAUGCGGGCCAGAGUUACGUCAGCUCUGCUAUUCACAGCAGUUGAGGAAGCUUAUUGGUUUAUUUUCGUUUGGGAACUUAUUAACCAAAGUUUAAGCUUUUUAAUCUAAAUGGAGAUUAAUCAGGCCACAAAUGAUAAGAAAACGAAUUAUGCUCGAAUAUUAUGUUUCUUGUAAUAAAAUUCUCUCAUAUUUUAUUUAGAAAUAUGGAUCUGCUUGUCCUCAUCAUUGGAGAAAUGCGGCGCCUCACAAUUUUAUUUUAAUAAAGAUCUGUUGAAUUUA